UCGCUUGGCUCCUACUUCACUCAACAGUUGUUUCUAAUCUGAAGAAAUUUUGUAGCCAAUCAACCAUGACAGAGGCUGACAGCAAUUCUGUUGAGACGAUCAACGGUGAUUGUCACGAUUUUCACUCGCUUCUUUCUUCUUCAAACAGGGAUUUCCUCGUACGCAACAACGGUGAUCCGGUUAAAAUUGACAGCUUGAAUGGGAAGAAGCUUGGAUUGUAUUUCUCAGCAUCGUGGUGUGGUCCGUGUCGAAGAUUCACUCCCACUUUAGUGGAGGUGUACUCUGAGCUCUCUCCAAAAGGAGAUUUUGAAAUCAUUUUUGUCUCAGGAGAUCAUGAUGAAGAGUCAUUCAAUGGUUACUUCUCUAAGAUGCCGUGGCUUGCAGUCCCUUUUUCUGAUUCAGAAACCCGGAACCGCUUGGACAAGUUGUUCAAGGUGAUGGGAAUACCUCAUCUUGUGCUCUUGGGUGAAAAUGGUAAAGUCUUGACUGAUGAGGGAGUUGGGAUCAUACGAGAGUAUGGAGUGGAAGGGUACCCUUUCAACCCUGAAAAGAUCCAAGAAUUAAAAGAUUUAGAAGAAAAGGCCAAGACGGAACAGUCCAUAAGAACUAUAUUGGUUUCCCGUUCACGUGACUUUGUAGUUACAUCUGAUGGAAACAAGGUUCCUGUAUCUGAACUUGAGGGGAAGACUGUAGGUUUGUAUUUCUCAAUGUCUUCAUUCAAGGCAUCUGCUGAUUUUACUUCGAAACUUGCUGAAGUUUAUAAGAAAUUGAAAGAAAAGGGGGAGAAUUUUGAGAUUGUUGUGAUAUCACUUGAUGAUGAAGAAGAAUCUUUUAAGGAAAGCUUUGUGGCACCUUGGUUGGCAUUGCCCUUCAAAGACAAGAGCUGUGAGAAAUUGGCUAGGUAUUUUGAGCUCUCGACCCUUCCAACUGUUGUUAUUAUUGGGCCAGAUGGGAAAACUCUCCAUUCUAAUGUUGCUGAAGCUAUCGAAGGACAUGGGAUUCAGGCCUAUCCCUUCUCGCCUGAAAGAUUUGCUGAGCUUGCAGAAAUAGAGAAAGCAAAAGAGGCAGCACAAACUCUGGAAUCAAUUUUGAUUUCAGGAGAUCUGGAUUUUGUCAUUGGGAAAGAUGGGGCUAAGGUCCAGGUGACCGAAUUGGUGGGGAAGACUGUUCUCUUGUACUUCUCAGCACAUUGGUGCCCACCAUGCCGUGGUUUCACACCAAAACUAGUUGAAGCAUACAAGAAGAUCAAAGCCAAGAAUGAAGCGUUUGAAGUGGUUUUUGUUUCUAGCGACAGGGAUCAAGCCUCCUUUGAGGAAUAUUAUUCGGAAAUGCCCUGGCUGGCACUUCCAUUUGGUGACGCUAGGAAGCCAUUAUUGAGUCGCAAAUUCAAGGUCCGAGGCAUCCCUAUGCUUGUAGCCAUCGGACCAACUGGAAAAACUGUUACAAAAGAGACCAGGAAUCUGAUCAUGGCUCAUGGGGCUGAUGCUUAUCCUUUCACUGAGGAGCGUUUGAAGGAGAUUGAGGCACAAUAUGAGGAGAUGGCAAAGAGGUGGCCUGAGAAACUGAAACAUGAAUUGCACAAGGAGCACGAGCUCGUGCUCACUCGUCGUUCUUAUUACAAUUGUGAUGCAUGCGAUGAACAAGGACAAGUCUGGUCAUUCUACUGUGGAGAAUGUGACUUUGAUCUGCAUCCAAAAUGUGCUCUGGAAGAAGAUAAAGGAAGCAAAGCUGACGACGAGGAGGAAGGAACUCCAAAAGAGGGCUGGGUCUGUGAUGGGGAAGUCUGCACUAGAGCUUGAUGAAUUUUGUCCUUUUAGUGAGGUGGUUGUAUGUUUUCAAAUGUGGCAGCAGCAGCAGCAGUCUUAAGUCUAUGCUUUGUUUCUUGGUGGGCUUGGAGAAAGAAAAUAUAAAAAUAAAGCCCGCUGAUAUUGUAGGUAUUACAUUAUAUAUAUAUAUAUAUAUAUAUGUAUUUAUUUCGGGUUGUACCUGCCGAUGCAGCUGUGGUCUUAUCCCCUACUACAUAAUCAAAGCUAUCCUAUGCUUUGUUUCUUGGUGGGCUUGCAGAAAGAAAUAUAAAAAUAAAGCCCUCUGAUAUUGUAGAUAUU